UAGACGGUGGACUGCUGUCGCUGCCGUGGGGAGUUGUUGUUAUCAAAAAACGAACUACAUUUUUUCUCUUUUUUUUUUUUUUUUUUCUUGAAACCUUUUUUGGACGCAGGUUUGCAUCCAAACUCGAGCGGGGGAAGUAAAUAUUUCUGUUUUUGUUGACUGUUCAACCGCCAACUAGCAACCGCAGCGAGUCAAGUGGGAACUCUUCACUGCAAUUAACUUGUGUGGAUUUGUGUCUGAUGCGCCGACUGAGAGCCGACAGUUUGCGGCUGUCUGUUGACGGUCUGCCGGCCUGAAUUUCUUGCUCAUUUGGUUUGGUUUUGGUCGUCUCUCUGUACUCGGAAUACACCGGAUCCUACACGAAAUAUACCCCGGAGCGAUUGAGGUGGCUCCAGCCUUUUUCAUUUCUCACCUGGUUCAUACCCUCUUCUUCCUCCUCCUCCUCCUCCUCCUCCUCCUCCCCCCCCCCUUCGUUUUAGUUGCCUCCAGCUAAUGAGCCGCUUCCCGUGCUUUUCCGGUUGAUUUACGGCCGCGCUGCCGGUGGAGCGGAGGAGAGACAACGACCGAAAAGACAGAGAAGAGCAGGGAUUCACAUUAAACGGUCGGUGAACUCGAGCCGGAGCGAGGAGGGGGGGGGCUCUGUCGGUUUUGUUUGAAAUUAACGACAGUUGGUCCUAAUAAUAAUAAUAAUAAUAAUAAUAAUAAUAAUAACGGCGGAUGGAUUCGUCUCCCUGAUCUGGAGCACCCCUACAUCCUUAUUGUACCCGAGUGGAUCCCCUCGAAACGGGUUUUUUAAAGAAGGAAACCGUUGUAUCCUCCCGGAGAUAACCAUGUUUCCCCAGGGGCGACACCCGACGCCCCACCAGGCUCCAGGCCAGCCCUUCAAGUUCACCAUCCCAGAGUCGCUGGACCGCAUCAAGGAGGAGUUCCAGUUUCUUCAGGCACAGUACCACAGUCUCAAACUGGAGUGUGAGAAGCUGGCCAGUGAAAAGACGGAGAUGCAGAGACACUAUGUCAUGUACUACGAGAUGUCUUAUGGCCUAAACAUCGAAAUGCACAAACAGACUGAGAUAGCCAAGAGACUAAACACCAUCUGUGCACAAGUCAUUCCCUUCCUCUCUCAGGAGCAUCAGCAGCAGGUGGUCCAAGCUGUGGAACGGGCCAAACAAGUGACCAUGGCAGAGCUCAAUGCCGUCAUCGGGGUACGUGGACUGCCCGGUCUUCCACCUACACAGCAGCAUCUAUCCCAUAACCAUGGUGGUGCCCCAGUGCCCCUCACCCCUCACCCUGCUGGUCUCCACCCCUCUCAGCUGGGUGGUUCAGCUGGCCUCCUGGCUCUUUCAGGAGCACUUGGUGGAGUUCCUCCCCAUCUGGUGGGAAAAGACGGUGGUGAUAAAAAGCCCCACCUGUCCGGAGCAGACGCACACACUGGAGGACCUGAGCACCUGAGAGAGCGAGAGCCUGGCACAAGUAACUCAUUGCUGCCAGAAAGUCUUAGGAACUCAGAUAAGCGUCGCAAUGGACCUGAGUUUCCCAACGACACAAAGAAACGCAAGGCGGACGACAAGGACUCCAGCCACUAUGAUAGCGACGGGGAGAAAAGUGAUGAUAAUUUAGUUGUGGAUGUCUCAAAUGAGGAUCCAGCCUCUCCUCGUGGCACACCUCUCCCCUCACCUAGAGAGAACGGCCUGGAUAAAGCACGUCUUCUCAAGAAAGACCCCUGUAGUCCAGCCUCUACUGCAUCAUCCGCUAGCUCCUCCUCCCUCAAGUCCAAAGAGAUGGCAAUGCGAGAUAAGGCAGGCACACCUGGGCUAAAGUCAAGCACCCCCACACCUAGAGGUGACUCCACCCCUGGUCCGAGCUCCACACCUGGAAUUCGGCCAAGUCUAUCCAAACCCCCCUCCAUGGAGAUACCACAUCCACCUACUGCAGGUUUGCGGACACCCCUUGCUGUACCAGGCCCGUACCCGGGUGCAUUUGGCAUGUUGCCCCAUGCAGCAGGUAUGAAUGGGGAGCUGGCGGGUGCAGCCGGGGCCGCGGCCUAUGCUGCUGGACUACACAACAUGUCACCUCAGAUGAGUGCUGCUGCUGCAGCCGCUGUGGCUGCAUAUGGCCGUUCACCCAUGGUUGGUUUUGAUCCUCAUCCUCAUAUGCGAGUUCCUGGAAUGCCUCCCAGUCUGACAGGAAUUCCCGGCGGCAAACCUGCCUACUCUUUUCAUGUGGCGGCCGAUGGACAGAUGCAGCCGGUGCCAUUCCCCCCGGAUGCUUUGGUGGGCCCAGGGAUCCCUCGCCAUGCCCGUCAGAUCAACACACUGAACCAUGGAGAGGUGGUGUGCGCCGUUACCAUCAGUAAUCCCACCCGACACGUUUACACAGGAGGGAAGGGAUGCGUCAAGGUCUGGGACAUUAGUCACCCAGGAAACAAGAGCCCCGUGUCCCAGCUUGACUGUCUGAACCGAGACAACUACAUCCGCUCCUGUCGCCUCCUCCCUGAUGGUCGAACACUGAUAGUGGGAGGUGAGGCGAGUACGUUGUCAAUCUGGGAUUUGGCCACGCCUACUCCCAGGAUCAAGGCAGAGUUAACAUCAUCAGCACCAGCAUGCUACGCUCUGGCCAUCAGUCCAGACUCCAAAGUCUGCUUCUCCUGCUGCAGUGAUGGUAACAUCGCAGUCUGGGAUUUACACAACCAGACACUUGUCAGGCAGUUCCAGGGCCACACAGAUGGAGCCAGCUGUAUUGACAUCUCCAACGAUGGCACCAAGCUGUGGACCGGAGGCCUCGAUAACACUGUCCGCUCCUGGGAUCUGAGAGAGGGACGGCAGCUGCAGCAGCAUGACUUUACAUCACAGAUCUUCUCUCUUGGCUACUGUCCGACAGGAGAGUGGCUGGCUGUGGGAAUGGAAAGCAGCAACGUUGAGGUCCUUCAUGUCACCAAGCCUGACAAAUACCAGCUUCAUCUACAUGAGAGCUGUGUACUCUCACUGCAGUUUGCUUAUUGUGGUAAAUGGUUUGUGAGCACAGGGAAGGAUAAUUUACUGAAUGCAUGGAGAACACCGUAUGGAGCCAGCAUAUUCCAGUCUAAAGAAUCAUCCUCGGUGCUAAGCUGUGACAUAUCUGUGGACGAUAAGUACAUCGUCACGGGUUCAGGGGACAAGAAGGCCACUGUCUACGAGGUCAUCUACUAAAUAUAUGAAAAGAAAACCAAGGACAUCUGUUUUUUCUCCACAUACACUGAUAUGUUUCUAGAAAUUUUCCCAUGGAGCCAGAGUGACCUUGAUGGCACAUCAUUUUUUCUGUUACACCUGCCGAGGAGACACAAAAAGGAGAGAAGCAUUUUACUGCACAUAUGUGUUGUGCCUGUAUCCAUGACUCCAUAUCAACCGGGAGCUAUCAGCUGGAGAGGCUGUAUGUUAAUGGAGGACAGGAACUAUUAUUUGGAUCUUCUGCUAUGGACCGCAUUGGGAUCAGUUAAAGGGACCAGACAAUGACCGUACUGAAGGGGGCUCUGCGUUGUUUUGACUGGAACCAGCUCUACUGGAAAACACUGUACGGACCAUCAGAUAUUAAAACACUUGAUCCAGUGUUAGGACCAUGGGCCAGACCCUAGAACGAACACUCAGACCAGAGGACCAGGGGGUUUAAUGUGUAAACAAACGGCAGAUGGAAAGAGCAGAAGCUGGACAGAAUUUUUGGAGAGACAAAGGAGGAGAAGCAACAGAAGAGGAACAGAUAGAUGAACAUUUUAUAGACUAUGAAUGCAGAACAUGUUGCUUUGCAUUUUGUUCUAGACAGAUAAUGCUCACAGCCUGUUUAUCUUUCAGCUCUGACUCUUUGACCUUAAAACGUCAGCUUUCUGUUCUGAUACGCCUACACUGUCUGAAAAGUACCUUUUCUGUCUUAACAGUAAGUCCAAUCCUCACUAACUGCACUGUAGUGGUAGCUGUCCACCUACACACUUUGUAGACACACAGUACUUAAGUAAAACAUGCAGUACAGUACUUUUUAAGCAUACUGAAGGCCUCGUGGACUAGCAUCAUGCUACUGUGAACUUAUGUGAUGGGUUUAUUUGAUCCUCAUGAGGCACAGUACUUUUUUCUGAAUUCAUACCCAUUUCAGGUGCCACCAAAAAGAAUUUAAAGUCCUCUGUUAUAUGGAUAAAAAUUAACUUAUCAAACCAAAUAAGCUUCAGAAACAGGAAAAAUACACUCUAAAUGUUGUUACAGAAGGCUUAACUCCGGGUCAGAAAAAAGGCGGCUUGUUUUCUUCUUUUUUAUUUCUCCUCUAUUCCUUACGAUGCUGGUUGAAAAGCCAAUUAUUGGAACCUGGAAGAAGAAAGUUUGAGAGAUAGAAUUAACCCUCAAAUUCCACUGGUUCUCCUUUUUCUAGUGUCUGUUUCAACAGAUAAUUUCCUUCUACUUAACUCCACAAAUUCUGAAGUCUCCAGAAUAUUGACUGAAAUUUUGAAGUGGUUUCAAAACACGGAGAAAGAAAAGGGGGGGAACAACAUGAGCCUUCAUAGUGUAACUUAUUUUGUUCAUUUCUUGGCCCUUUACACUCUGUUUCUUCAGCUUUAGUGUUUGUCAUCAACUGCACAUGCUGAUGGGGUUUCACACUACUGAAUUAACAUCUCAGAGACUCUGAACAUAGUUUCAGGUUUACAGAUUGCUUUUUCAUUUUAAUGCAUUUCAUUUGUUUGUGGUCUCUUUUACAAUAAGCUCACUGGUUGAGGUCAUAUUAAUUAACAAGAAUGGUCUCAAAUUAAUUAUUUUCCCUUAAUUUGAAAUUAAAUAACAACCCAUUUUGUUACUGUCUUAACUGUUGUAAAUUCACCUUGACCCUGCCUUUAUCACUCUUUGAAACACAUGAUGUCUUACUGUAUGGAUGGUUAACCACGCUUCGUAUACAGGGACCAACUAAGACUAUCUUAACAUGUCAUUUAAUCUUGUAUUUAUUGAAAAUCCCCUGUACCAUAUUCACUAAACAAAUUACAUUUUUUCCACAUAUUGUCACUUGUUAAAGUUUUGUUCAAACAGGGAGACUGGCUAAAUGCCCUAGAAAAGUAAAAUGCUUUUUUCCACUUUACAAAAAAGAUUUUAGGACUGCAAACGGGAUUAAAUUAUUUGUCAAGAUUGUCUUAACGAGGAGGGUAGCGUGGGUACAGGAAGGAAUCAGUCAGUGUCAGCCAUUUAAAACAAAUUAAUUUCAUGACUUUGUGCUUAGGUUUUUUUUUUUAAAUCUAUUUUUGUCUGUUGAAUGUUUGUAAAAAUGUAUAUAUGUUUUUUUUCUUACAGGACAUGCUUUAGAAAUAACAACUUUUUUUGUACGUCUUUUACAUGGAAAAGAAACGUCUAAUCAGGAGAAAUACUAAAUGGUCUUAAUGCUAGCUAAUCUAUAAUGAUGGAAAUGUCUAGACAAUAAAUGUGUUUUUUGUAA